AUGGCAACCACCUCACCUCCCCGGCUUCAGAUAAGCCCGCCCCUGGUCAACUCGGCGAAUCCUUGGGCGACUAGUCUCGAGGAUCUCAGGGCGCUUUACGAAUGCCCCAAUACCGGUGCUGUCACUACUCGGACAUGCCUCGUCUCUGGCUUUGCACACGAUCCGUCGAGGCAUCAGUUCACCCUGUUCGACGCUGUCACCCACGAGGCUGAACAGGACCGUGACAAGUUGAAAGGCCAUGAGAACGCAAGCCUCAACACACUCGGAUACAGCCCACACACCCUGGAGGUUUAUCUCGGUUUUAUAGGCAAGAUAGCAGAGUCGGCUUCUGCUCGGCCAGACAAAGGGUUCAUCAUCUCAGUUACUGGCAGCCCCGAGGAGGUGGCACAGUGCUACUCCCUUAUCGCACACCACCAGAAACAGGUGCCUUUUCCACUUGCCAUGGAGAUCAACCUCAGCUGCCCAAACAUCCCGGACAAGCCACCCCCGGCCUACAAUGGCGACUCUCUCAAGUCGUACCUGGCAGCCUUGCAGACGCUUGCAUCAGACCCAGGUCUGCCGCGCAUCCCAUUUGGUCUGAAGACCCCACCCUACACGCAUGCGGCCGAAUACUCGGAACUCUUCUCCGCCCUCGGGUCUUCAGCGCAGGACCGGGAUGGCGUGUCCCCAGUCUCAUUCAUCACGGCAACCAACACACUCGGGUCAUGCUUGGUCCUCGCCGACCCAGGAGCCAACCUGUCCAGCGACCCGGCGCUACCUACGCCAGGCAUUGGUGGGAUGGCGGGGGCACCACUGCAUCCCCUAGCUCUGGGCAACGUAAGGACAAUUCGAAGGAUGCUCAACGAGGCAGGAAUGCCGCUGGCUCACGUUCAGAUCAUUGGUGUCGGCGGUGUCCUGGAUCACAACGGGUUUAAUAGGAUGCAAGCCGUCGGCGCCGAUAUCGUCGGCGUUGGGACGGGUCUGGGACUGAGCGGCGUGAGCGUCUUCGACAAGAUCCUCAAAAAUGUUUGA